AUGGCACAUGUGAGGUCACGGGUAGUCGAAGGAUCUUCCACGAACGAAUCAAUGGACAACAAAUUGGUCACUGUCAAGAGACGAGAUGACGAGAAACUGGAGUUGUUCAUCGCCGAGGAGGUGGGUAACGAUGGGUGUAAGGUCAAGAAGGUUGAAGAAGCUUCGGUAAUCAUCACUCCAUGGAGACGAGAUCAUAAUGCCGUUCUUUCCCAAGCUUUGAAGAUCAUGAAUACUAAACUUAAUAAUGUUGAAUCGCUUUUGCUUGAAUUCAGUAAUCAGAGGAUAGGAGUGGGAAAGGUUGAAGAAGCGUUGGUAAUCACCGCUCCUUGGAGACGUGAUCAUAAUGCCGAUUUUCUUCAAUCCUUUAACUACAAGGGCGUGAGGCGAAGGUUCAGUAAUUAUCUCAAAAAGGUUGGGAACUUCUUUGGAGAUCCGAGAGAUAUGAGCCUUAACUCUACUGCUGAUGCAGGAUUGCUUGAAGGAGAUACCUAA